AUUCACCUCCACCUCGAAUGCUCUGGCCAGCUUCCUUUUCUCACCGGCCAUGCACACGCCCUUUUGUUUUCCUUCUUGUUUUUCUGUUUAAUGCUUGUUGAGCAUAACCAUGGUGUCUUCAAAAUUCGAAUGCCUUUCCAUCCGGCCGCCCACACCUCCCAAGGAUCUCAAGGACAUCGACAUACAAAUCAACGACGCCAUACAACUUCUCGACGACCCUUUCGGCACCAAAACCCUGCUGAAGUUAGCUCUGUCUGACAAGGCUCUACUGAACACACCAGAUUCAUCCCCUUCAUCAGGCACGAGCGUGUCUUCAUCAAGCAAGAAAAAGCGAGUCAACUUUGAGCUUCAAGGAUGCUGCUCUGGUAAGAGUAGUGAUCUGAUCGUCCAGCCGUGGACUCCACAGAAGAGCUCUCCAUUGCGACCGUUACCUCAAACACGCAUAUCGAAGCCGCUGAAAUCCAUAUUAAAGCCGAGCGAUCCUGCGUCCGUACCUUCACUCGCCGAAGAAGGGACAGCCCACCACAACUUCGAGUCGUUUGCCGAGAUGCUGGAAUCAAUGACAAAAAUGCUCGCCCAGGGCGCCAGGCCCUCAAAGUUAGACGCGUACAUAACCCUGCAGAGGACGCUACAAGCAUACGACAAACUCCCAGACACGAACGAGCUCAUGAACAAGAUGGGCCUAUUCGAACAAUUCAUCAGGAGGGAUCUUCAGGCAAUCGGUAUAAACGGUACUGGUCCUGACAUUCAGCUCAUUCAACAAGCGCUCAAGUUCGUCAUGGGUCUGAUGAGGAAGCUCCAAGAUGCCAAGGUCUCCAUGGACGACGACUUCUGCUCUUUCUUGAUCGACCACAGCAUUUCGGUCUCUGAGAAUGCUGCCACCCCAAAAGCAGUCGUUAACCAUCACUUGGCCUUGCUGAUGCAGCAGAAUUUCCGACCGAGGGUGAUGACUGUUGCCCGUGUUGAAAAGAUUCUCGACGUGCUUGAUGCAAUCCACGAGCGUGUCAGCGGCUACUCAGUGCAAGUUUACAGAAUUAGAGUCUAUCGCAAGUUGAUCCAGCAGAGACCAGAAGUGAUGGCCAAGCAUACCGAAAGAUGGUUCAAAUAUGUCCUCAAGGCUCUGCUUUCCGGACAGAAAGACACUCAUACUAGCGCACUCGAAACUGCUAUAUGUGCCGCGAAGACGGUGGGCUCCGACCCUUCUGUAACAAAGGCCAUCCUGGCGAUCAUGAAUCGAGUAAAGAGUGACGGCGAUACAUUCGGAAAGGCUUUCGCGCAAGAGCUGACGAAGUCUCUCCACUCCGAUUCUGCCGCUCUUGUUCCGCACGUCUGGGGUGCAAUAACGGCGUUUCUUGGGGAGUCACUGCGCGCCGGUACUCUUACCGCCUCUCCCGAAUGGCUACAAGUUUUUGAAGACUUCUUUAAUUCCAGGGCACACACCAUCACAUCACAGGCAAACAUCGCAUACGCUUUCAUGAUCUACGCUCUCGAUGUGGACAUCCACACGCCUAAAGCCUGGUCAGAGAUAUUGCUGAACGUCUCACGAAGUCAGUUCCGGCGCCUGCGUGAGGGAAAGUCCGUGGCCGACGCUGCCACGUCCGGAUACCUUACGCUCAUCUACUACGCUCUACGACCCUCAGCAUCCCACGAACAAUUGACCCGAUAUUGGGGUGAAUUUGUCACCGAUUUCUGGAUACCGAUCAUGACAGACUCAUCGCCCAGUUGUGCGAUUGCUGCCUGCCGCUUUGUGUCUGCACUUCUCAAAGGCUCUCGGAGACCGUGGAAUCAACAUCGAGCCUUAGAGACCAAGUUGCAGCUGAUGGUGCAACCCCAAGAUCUACCUCUUCUGGACCCUCGAUGGGUCCGUAAAUCAAUUGGGAAGGUGCUCGCGUUUAUCGAAACACUCCUGGAUGCGACCCCGUGGACACUGGAAUCUGCGGACGACGAACCUGUCAAAACACUGUGGAUAUCUUUGCUUGAUUCGUUGCGAGAGGCCAGCAGUAAAGAGGUGAUGAUCACUUCCGAGACCAAGAAUGCGAUCGCCCAGAUUGUCAACAUGCUUCGGCGACUGUGGGACCGCCACACCGCUGAGUUGGCAGUUUCGCAGCAAGGUGAGGAUUUAUGGGCGGACAAAUUCUGCUUCCUCCUUGAAAUGAUCAUCGAGAAGCUGGGUGCAUUCCAAUUUAGCGACAAAUGCUUGAGCCGCAACGUACAAGAUGAGUUUGAAGUAGCUCCAACACCUUCCAAUCGCACUCGUCAAAAUGGUGCUCGGAUAUCGCCGCUGCUCUACUUUGUGGAUCUUGUCAUGGUUCGAUCGGAGAUGAAGCUAUCAGACAACCUUCGAAUUCGCCUGCUGAUGCUAGUGCUCGAGCGCUGCCUCUGUUCUCAAGGUACUCGUUUGGCCAAGUUGGAGUUACUCAGGGACUGCUGCUCCGUUGCAUCUUCCUCGUCCACCAACCCGGUCACCGCCAAUUUCUGGACACAAAUGGCGUCGUUGGCAAAGGUCGCCAUCGAGGAACAGCCGGCAGAUCCAAAGGACGGCACAUCUCGACAGCUGGGGCAAGAAUACGACUUAGUCGUUGAGAUCCUUGCGCUUGCCUCUCCACAUCUACCGGACUAUGACCAUGGCCCGAAGCUCCUAUCUACAUUCUUGGACGUCGUUCGCAAGGAGAGUGGGGAAGGUGGCGUCAUAUUCGCUGUAAUUGAAAAGACAUCAGCGAAGAUAUUGAGGGACGGAGAACUAUCGUGUGUACCAUACAUAACCCUCCUUCUACGCAACCUGCCAUCUCUGAAGAGUCAGAAUAUACGGCACGUCGUAGAGGACGCCCGGCAAAGAUUUUACUCAGCUUCAACCGUUGCAGCACGUGGUGCUGAUUUCGAUCCUUACAACCAUUUUUACACCGCGGUCACGUCCAUAGGAGCAGCCUUGUACAGCGAACUAGAUUCCGAGCGUGCUGAUCCUGCCCGGAACUUCCUUGAGUCUCUCGCAGAAUCCAUAAGGAGGUGUCCAAACAGACUUCUUGGAGUCUACAUGCGGAAGACUCAAGACAUAAUCGCACUUUGGGUCGAAGAUGCUCAGAAAAAGCUCCGUGUCAAGGAGGAGUACGUAAAAGCCAUACGAACCCAGAUUAUUUCCCUAUGGCAGGCUGUGGAUUCUGCUGUGAAGUUGUUACCUAAGAAGGACAGCACCCUUCUGGCAGCGCUGGAGCCGCUACUUUGCUCAGGGUUCGUGAGUCGUCAGCGUGCAGUGGUGAACAUCGCUGUCUGUUCUUGGAACGCUACUUUCGGGGAGCAAGAGGCAUUGAAUUAUCCUGCCCGACUUCAAAAAGCUCUAUGUAGGGUGAAAAGAGUUGUUGAACUUUCAACGCCGUCCUUGGGAGAGCUGGACAACGUAUCUGAUGAGCCUCUCCUGUUCGAUGACUCCGACGAUACCAUUACCGGCGUGGCAAGCAGACUGCCCGAAUCACCUGUCGUGUCAUCAACUCUACGCGUUCGAAGGACCCCUCGACUUUCUCGUUCGCCGGCUGUUCAGAGUACUGUCGGUAAGCGGUCAUCAACUCGCAAAACACGCAAAGUGCGCCUUCGCCACGAGGAUUCUCAGAUCCAGUUCGAACCUGUUUUAUCGUUACCCUCGAACCCUCUCGAUCAGGAAUCACAGGUUUUGACGGAGCGCCAAAAAGAAACAUUGGAGCGGCAACGGGCUUCUCUCGGCAUAUUCGCCAACAUGGAUUCUCGACCCGAGUCUCAGCCAACUGGCACAUCCACAGAGCAACUCCAUGAACUUCAUUCCGAUGCACUUAGUGCUGAUGAGCUACCGACUAGUAUAUCCCGAAGCCCGCUCAAGUCGUUGGCUUCGAUAGGUCAUAUGGAUGUCUUUCUCGGAUCUUCUCCUACUCCGCGGUCCCGAAACAAGAGCCACCCAGUCAGGGGGAACGACGCGCUUGUCGCUUAUCCGAAUACACAAAGGAGCGUUCACAUCACUGAAGGCUCAGAGAUCGGAUCUUCUCCACCUCGUUUUGCAAAGCUCAUAACACCACACAGUAAUGGUGCUUCGGGUCAGAAUACGGCAGUGGCUUCCACUGACGGUUCAGAUACCAGGGUCUUCGACGAUAUUAUCACGAUAGAUGACGACAUGUUCCUAAAUGCGGAUUCCCCAGCUGGUCAGGGUAACCCAUCGAUUUCCGAGCGUGGUGACUUUAGCGAUGAACCCGAAGACAAGAUGCCAAGCUCGACGAUAGAGCUGCAAAUCAAUGCCCAACUCAACGCGGAGCUCCAGGCCGCAGCAAGGUCUUCUCAUGGCUUGGAUGUGGACGAAGGGUCGAACAACGACCAUGUCCACGCCGAGCCACAAUCAUUUCCCGAUUCUCUGGAUGCUUCUACCGGAUGCAAACAAUCCAGCGAUAUAAGCCGUGUGGACGACUCCUUCUGCGCAGCAGCUGAAGACAAGCAGCUGCCAGAUGGGAUAAUGUCAGAAAACACCACGGUCCGCCGGUCCACACGGCUAUCUGGGGGCGAAAGCCUACCCCAGGCUUCCGCUACCAAGAAGCGACGACAGGCUGCGGCUGAUCCACCUCGUGAGAAUAAGAAAGCCAAACAAGAGGACUUUGCCGACGACGAACCUCAAGGCGAUACUGAAGAAGAUGACUUCAUUGUCCUCGCUCCAGCCCCCAAGAAGAUCACGGCGAGCAAGAGAAAGAGGUCUCGAAGCCAUUCGCGAACCCCUUCACGGCUGCAAACGCUUGUCCCAGAAACCACCCAGAAACCUGCUACUCGUCGAAGGUCACUUCUUCAAUCAGCGUCACAGCUAAAUGAUCAAGAAAAUAAGGAGGACGAGGUUGUGGAGGACACUCCGGCGCCUAAGAGGGCACGGAAAACAACGAAGCAGGAUGUCAGCGAAGCGAAAGAUACAUCGCCACAGACCAGAGUCCUUCGCCAUGUGCGAGUUUCGCCGCAGAAUGCCGCGUCUCGAGCUUCCUCCGUUGCGGCCGACGAGACCCUCACGAUCACUGAGGCAGUCGCUCUGUCUUCUGCCGGCAAGCAGAAGGUAGAAACGACAGCGCAAUUAGAGGGCGACACUGCAGGCCCUGUACAGGAACCCAGUAGUGUAGUACAGCCGGCCGCUACAAGCAACACACCCAGUCGAUCUUUCGCAAAGCGCGUGAUCCUGACGCCGAGGAGUAUCCUGGAAAAGCUUCAGGGAUUUACGAGCUCUAUCAAACAGAUGGUGCUAGGGCGCGAGGAGGAGCGAGAACUUGUUGGUGCAUUGUUUGACUUGGGAACAGAAAUCCAGGCUGCUGGGAGACGAGGCGAGCAGGGCCCGGGCGCAUCAGCAUGAGGCGUUCGAGGAGUUUGGGUAGCUUCGUGAGAUGAAAAUACGCCGCAGAGAGAGUAUUGGAUACCCCUUCGUAUUGGUGCAUGUUGCAUCUGUAACGCAGUUUUCAAAUGGAUUGUACUACC